AGUUUUAGUAAGACCCAGUCUUUGACUAUACACAAAUUUUAUAACUAAUAUGGAAGCGGAGAAUAAGCCUCCACCCUUAACUCCUUCGAAAGAAGGAUUGGGUCGACUGUUAGGACAAGAAAAGUUCUCACCAAAAAAAUGUAUAUCAUCGAGUCCUUCUUUAUAUACAUUGAUUUAUUUUGGGGAUGAGUGAUAAUACAGCUUUUAGAGGGUUACGCCUCUGACAUAAACUUCUUUUUUGUAGGGCUUCAAAAACAAUUACAAGCUAGGCAAUAUCAAGAUCGUGAAGUAGGCUCACUAAGAGGAGACAUAUACGAUAUAUCACAAGAUACAGCAUCAAAACUCAAGCGUAAUGUCUACGAAAAUUACAAUCGAUUUAUCGAAACAGCAAAAGAAAUAUCCGUUUUGGAGAACGAAAUGUACGAACUUAUACAUAUGCUUAGUGAUCAAAAGGCUUUAUUAUCAUCGCUUCUGGAAACAUCAAUGCUAUCAGAGAAGAACGGUGGUACUUCAGAAGUUCAAGAUAGUAUGAAAACGAAUGAAAAUUCUGAUAAUUAUAAAUAUCAGAGUCUUGCAUAUUUAUUAGAAACAGUUGAAAGUUGUCCACCUCUGUCAGAUGUACCAAAUAGAUAUUUACUACACGAUGGCAAAUUAAAUAAAUUGGACUGCCAAACCUACGCCCAGACAGGCGAAGUUAAGGCUUUUCUACUUAAUGAUAGAUUUAUCUUGGCUGAAAGAAUCGAUAAAAAAAGCUCUCAAGAUAAAUAUCGGUUUGAUUCAAUUUUCGAAUUGGAAAAAUUGGCUGUAGUUAACGUAAAGGAUUCGGAUAAAUUAAAGAAUGCAUUUCAAAUACUCGACUUUCCGAAUACUCUUUUGUUUUCGGCCGAUUCCUCAAAACAAAAGAAUAUAUGGCUAGAAAAAAUUGAUAUUGCUAAGCAUGCUAUAGCAGUGAAGUCUAUAGAAGCAAAACUAAAAGAGAAUAUGUUAGAAAGCGAAGAUGAGUCGUAUUAUGACGACGAGUUUGACGAUGAUAAUCCUUUUCGCGAUUCACCAAAGAAAUCUAAUACCAAAGCUAAAACUGAGAGAGAAAAAAUUCUUUCCUGGUUACAGGACGCACCUGAUGAAUUAGAUGUUGCUAUUGCACAAAGGCACUUUGAUGAAGCUGUAGAUAUUAUAGAGAAAAUAAGGAAAUUUAUUCAAGAUAAUCCUAAGGAUUCCAUUUUUACGGAAUACGCAUGUAGAAUCGAGAGAAGAGAAAGUAGCUUGGUAGAAAUUUUAAUGAACGAAUUAAAAGCUCCACCUGAGAGGUCUGUGAGAGGAGGUCCACUUUUCGCAAAAAGGGCUGUAUCACAAUUAAUCCGAUUAGGAAAGUCAUCAAAAGCUUGUCAACUAUUUCUUGAGAAUCGAAGCUCAUUAAGGAACUUUAAUCUUGAACAGAUAAAAUAUGAUGGAGUUACUCAAAGUUAUAUUCAAAAGAUAACGGGCGUAUACUUUAAAUCACUAUUAGAAAGUGGUCUUCUCUUUGAAAAAGCUUUCCAAAAAACUCCUCAAUGCCAGAGUGCUUUUAUCUCUUGGUGUGACAAAGAAAUUAAAAGCUAUGUUAUACUAUUCAGGGAUAGGUUAUUAUUAAUGAAGGCAAACUUGUCAACAACUGCAACAUGUAUAGCAGAUGCUAGAAAACGCUUAAAAGAACUAGAAGAAAUUGGACUAUCAUUUGAAUACUUGUUUGAUAUGCUACUUAGAACUGAUUUUUGUAAGUUAGUUGAUGAAUGCCAAGAAAAACAGCGUGAAAUUAUAUCAAUUGAUUCUAAGCAUGAGAAUCUUUGGAGGCCAUCAAAUCUUCAAAAUUCUCAGCAAUUAACAGAAUUCGAAAAAGAAUUAGAGAAUUUAGGUUUUUCAACAAUUAAACAAUAUAGUUACGAUUCCUGUUUUAGUCAUCUGUGUUCAGCAACAGUAAAAUUUGUAAGAAAUAUAAUAGUCGUUCUUAAUGAUUUGGAGAAGAUAAAAUGCGAAUCAAUCUAUUCAAGUGUUGUAAAUUGUUUUUCAAGUUUAUUGAAAUUUCAAUAUGAAAGUUAUGAUAAAAUUGCCAAGGAGCAACAUGAAUUGAGAACUACAAUUGAAAUGAAUAAGAAAUUCUUUAAAAAAGACCUAAUGCCAUUUGUCACCAAUAGAAUUAACAAAAUGGGAAUUGUCUAUAAUUUGUCAGUAUGAGAAUUGAAGAAUUUAUUAAACUGAUAAUUUUUUAAUACACACACACAUAUAUAUAUAUA